AUGUCGCUUUCUCCUGAAAUCGAGACCUUCUCGACUCCUCCUACUACACCAGGGUUCGCUUUUCAGGACGCCUCCAUUCGUCCAUCGCUUUCCAGAAAAGGCAGUCGUCCGUCGUCACUCCAACUUGCUCACCAAGGCUGGAAUCCAGAUAUUGUCGUUGAAGAAUCCUCCCCGGUACUUACCAGAAAGCCUGAAAACGGCCAAUCAAUUACGUCCUCGAUGUCGAGAGACCAGACUGCUACUCCAACAUCGACCACGUCAACUAGAGCAUCUUCCACGUUGCCCUCUAUUCCUUCAUCUUCUUCCUCUACAACGCAUUUGGCCAACGGCCAUACUCACCGUCCCCUUGAUUCACCCUGCUUCGUGCACUCUCAGCUCGAUAAGGGGGCUUCUCUUAGCGACUGGCUUCGCAACAAGCAAAAUGGCAUUUUGAACAAUGGAUCUAGUGAUGUUGGAGUAUCAAAGUCAUUACAAGAUUCUUCUCCAACAUCUACUUCCGGAAUGUCUUCAGCAAGCUCGCUCAUGUCCAGCAUAGACGACGAGGAUGAGUUUGGCGGUAAUCUUACCAAGCAGCUUGCUGAGACUGCUGUCGGUGUUAGGGAGAUGAGUAAACAGCUCGGACGAGCUCGCAUACGGUCCAACAUACAGAACAUCUUGAUAAUCACGAAAGCCCGAGAUAAUAGGCUGAUAAAGCUUACUCGACAGCUUGCAUUAUAUCUAAUGCUUAAGCCCCGCCCGGCACAAAAGCGUGGCCUUGUUGUUUAUGUAGACAAUCAACUUAGACACUCUCGUCGGUUCGAUGCAGCUGGUAUCGAACGCGAUCAUCCCGAACUAUUCAUACCGUUUCCCCAUCGUCGUACGUCCAGCAGUGCAUCAUUGGCUUCUAUGUCAUCUGCUUCCUUAUCAAGAGAAGAUUUCACUAUCAAGGACGAAGGACAGCUUAGAUAUUGGACCAGUGCAAUGUGCAACCAAAGCCCGCAUCUAUUUGACUUUGUGAUAACCCUUGGAGGUGACGGGACUGUCUUGUUCACAUCAUGGCUUUUCCAACGAAUCGUCCCCCCAGUCCUUCCUUUCGCGCUUGGCUCAUUGGGUUUCCUCACCAAUUUUGAUUUUGCAGACCAUCAGGCUGUCAUGGAUUCCGCUAUAGAUUCUGGCAUCCGAGUCAACUUGCGAAUGCGAUUCACAUGUACUGUCUAUCGUGCAGUAACAAAUGAAUUCAAAGGACGGAAGGCCGUCAAAAAAGGCGAGACGGGAGAGAUUCUAAUGCGCAAUAUAGAACAAGACGGCUGGGAAGCCUUGGAGGGGGGCUGGUCCGGAAGCUUCACUGCACCAGAAAACGGCAAAGUUGGAAGGGAUAAAGAGAUUAUGUGUUUUACCACUAGACCUGUUGAAACUUUCGAGGUAUUAAAUGACCUCGUUGUCGAUAGAGGCCCUUCUCCCUACGUGAGCCUGCUGGAGCUCUUUGGUGAUGAACACCAUAUGACCACUGUUCAAGCUGAUGGUUUAACAGUAUCGACACCCACAGGGUCCACGGCAUAUUCACUUUCUGCGGGAGGUUCUCUCGUUCACCCGGAAAUACCAGCCCUUUUGAUUACUCCAAUUUGUCCCCAUACCCUUUCUUUCCGUCCAAUGCUUCUGCCCGAUAGUAUGGAACUCCGCAUAUGUGUUCCCUACAAUUCAAGAAGCACUGCUUGGGCUUCCUUUGAUGGUCGUGGUCGAGUUGAAUUGAAACAGGGCGAUCACAUCAAGGUUACUGCUUCCAAGUAUCCAUUCCCGACCGUCUGUGCCGAUAAACAGUCGACGGAUUGGUUCCACGCCAUCUCACGUACCUUGAAAUGGAAUGAACGCGAGAGACAAAAAUCGUUCGUGGUGGUGGAAGAGGGCCCGGAAAAAGUUAAGAAACAAAAGAAAGUUGAAAAGACGGGGCGUGAUGGGACGCCCAAACCCACACAAGUGGAGGAGGCAGAAUCCCUGGAUGACGAAGAAGAGGACGAGGUCUCUGACGAGGAGGAAGAAGACAAAUUUGACAUUGAUGACUCGUCGCCAGAAGCUGCUGCUGCUGCAUCAGUGAUUUCAGGACAAGUAACCAAUGUAUUAUCAAAGCGGGACCAAGCCGUUGGACACGAAAAGGCGAAUGAACUUGUUGCUGAAGAACAAUUGCAUAAAGCUUUAUCUCUUUCUGGCUUGAAACCACGACGACAUACCCCUAGAUCACGUUCCGCCUCCCCAUCGGGUCUGCGGUCAGGAAUCGACUCCCCAAGUCGCUACGCUGGACUGCCUCCACACCCUCCUGUUAGUGUCCCUCGCCACGUUGAAUUUGCGCCUGAAUCGUCAGAUGAAUCCUACGGGCGAAACGGUGCACGGGACGAACUCUUUGCACACCGCAAAGCGAGUGCCAAGAGUCGGAUCCCGAAGGAGAGAGAAGAUGUGAAAACACCUACAGCCUCAAACUCAGUGUAUCCUCGUAAUCGGAGUCGCGGGCGAGCGCAUUCUCGCACUAGAUCUGGCGAAUAUGUCGGGCAUCGCGCAUUUGCUGUUUGGGGGCAAGAUGAGAGCGAUAGCAAUGCUAGCGAUAGCGAUGCUAACUGA